CUUCAGUUCCUCACAGAAGUGAAAGUAGCAACUAGGAAUCCAGUAAUUCCUGUUAUCUGCAAGCUUUAUAAGGCAGCUGAGUGAGGAGGUGGCUUAAAGAGGUGGCUGGGAGCCUGCACGCCAAACACUGCUGUCCUCGAGCUGAGCCCUGAAUCCAGGAGCAGUGCCAGGAUGUCUCUGCCGCUGGCCGCCCUGCUGCUGCUCCUCUCCAUCGACGGCGCCCUGGCCCUCAGGGUCUGCUCUUUUAACGUGCAGUCCUUUGGGGAAACCAAGAGGGAAAACCAGAAGGCCAUGGAUGUCAUCGUGAAGGUCAUCAAACGCUGCGACAUCAUACUCUUGAUGGAAAUCAAGGACAGCUCCAACCAAAUCUGUCCCACGCUGAUGGAGAGGCUGAAUGGAAAUUCAAGAGACACAACAUACAACUGUGUGAUUAGCUCUCGGCUCGGAAGAAAGACAUAUAAAGAACAGUAUGCCUUUCUCUAUAAGGAAAAGCUAGUGUCUGUGAAGAAAAGAUACCUCUACCAUGACGAUCAGGCUGGAGACGGAGAUGUAUUUUCCAGGGAGCCCUUUGUGGUCUGGUUCCAGUCACCCUACACCACUGUCAAGGACUUCGUGAUCGUCCCCCUGCACACCACCCCCGAGGCAUCCGUUAAAGAGAUUGAUGAGCUGGUCGAUGUCUACGAGGAUGUGAAACGCCGUUGGAAGGCAGAGAAUUUCAUUUUCAUGGGCGACUUCAAUGCAGGUUGCAGCUAUGUCCCCAAGAAGGCCUGGAACAACAUCCGCCUGAGGACAGACAUCAAGUUUAUUUGGCUGAUUGGGGACCAAGAAGACACCACUGUCAAGAUGAGCACCAACUGUGCAUAUGACAGGAUCGUGCUGAGAGGACAAGAGAUCGUCAACUCUGUUGUUGCCAAAUCAAGCGGCAUCUUUAACUUCCAGAAAGCAUAUAAGUUAACCGAACAGGAGGCCCUGGAUGUCAGUGACCACUUUCCUGUUGAAUUCAAACUACAGCCUUCAGAAGUCUACACCAGCAGAAAAAAAUAUUUCUCUUCAAAGAAGAGAAAUAAGGCCCGCCGCUCCUAGAUACAGGGGCAGAAUUUUAUUAACCAUUUCUUGCCUCUAAAUAAAACAGCUCCAACAAGUAAGAACUGCUCCCUGCACUUAGGAAACAAGACUGAU